AACUAUUUCUAAUAGUUAGAUGAACUUUUUCGCUCUCUUUUUUUGUUUUUUUUGAAAAAAAAGAAUCAUAUGGGGACUAAACAUGAAAUAUUCAAUACUUGUGGACCGUCCGACAAUUUAACUCGUUUAAGUUUAUACCCGAAUCCGAGAACCCAUGGAUGUUGGAGCGGUCCGAAAUCAGGCCGUAAUGUGUAAUUUGGGGUAAUCCAAAACCUCACAAAAACCCUCAUCUUCAACUUGCAGCCUUACUCAUUCAACCUUGUAGCUGCAAUCAACUAUUAAUAUUUACUUUAAUGUCGGAACUCGAAUUGAUGAGCGGUCGGGGGCUUUGAAAAUUAGACUCGAAUACCCUUAAUUUAGCCUUUCAUUGACCAAAGCAAGAGAAAAUGGUGAGCGAAAGGCAGAAAUUAGCUCGAAAGAGAUACAAGGAAGCUAAUCCAGAACUGUUCCCCAAGCCAGAACCAACUCCACCUAAAUACCCAAACAAGAAAAAGAAGAAGAAUAAGAAGAGUGCGUUCAAGAAGAAAAAAGGAGAAUCCAAAGAUCCUAACAACAAGAAACUUUCAUUUAAGAAGCAUCCUUUUAGAGUUGCUGGUAUGAAGCCUGGUGAAAGCUGUUUUAUAUGUAAAGAACAAGACCAUAUUGCUAAGGAUUGCCCUAAGAAAGCUGAAUGGGAAAAGAAUAAGAUAUGUUUGCUUUGUCGCCGACGCGGUCACAGCUUGAAGAAUUGCCCCAACAAGGAUGAUGAAGUGGUGGAUAAGAAGUUAUGUUACAAUUGUGGGGAAACAAGUCAUUCUUUGGCUAACUGCCCCCAUCCACUACAAGAUGGUGGAGCAAAGUUUGCUAGUUGCUUUAUUUGUAAAGAACAAGGUCACUUGAGUAAGAAUUGCCCUAAAAAUACUCAUGGCAUAUACCCAAAGGGUGGUUGUUGCAAAAUUUGUGGUGGUGUUACACAUUUGGCAAGAGACUGUCCUAAUAAAACCGGCAAAGCUUCAGAUGCGGCCUCUGGUAGAUUUAAAAUUUCUCAAUUUGAAGACCGGCCGAGGGGACAAGUUACCAAAUUCAGCAGUGGGGAUGAUCUCGAGGAUGACUUCAACAUCAUGGCAGAGGAAGUUAAGGAAGACGGUGAUGCUAAAUUAAAGAAGAAAAAAGAACCUAAAGUCGUAAAUUUUGUAGGAUGAGUGGAUGUCCAGAAGAACUGGCGAUCCUGGAAAGUGCAAUUUAUCGGUUUCUUGAAACUGCUCCAUAUGUCUUGUCCAACAACUGCAAUCUUGCUUUCAGUUUACAUUUGCAACAUUCUUUUCUCCUUUAGUUAACGAGGAUGUUGGAUAUAAAAUACGCCAGAAAAUUAAAUCACUUAUGACAAAUUGCUCGAGAGUUGCUGCUGAGAACCAGCUAAUGCCUAAUGGUGUCGUUUGAGUAUGACCG